UUGUGGUGUGUUGCUGCUUUGGCGGUGUUUACUUAUAAAAAACUAAAAUUGUAGUUUUCUAAAAUGAAAACUGAAUUGUCUUCAUACUCACAAAUAUUCUUGUAGAUAUCUGGAAAAUUUCCACACACAUAAGGAAAUUUCCACAUAAGUAAAGAUGAACGAGCAUCAAGGAACAUUAAAACAUUUGGAAGAAGUUGAAACCAAAGCCAGCGAGAUUCUCACUGAUCGACAAGAGAUAGUCGCUUUGGAUAAAAGGAGAAAUGAUGAUCGUGUUGGAUUGAGAGCACUACAAAAAGAGUCCAAUGACAAGAUAUGGAUAACGGUGGGCCCAUUGUUAGUUAAGAUGUCAUCUAAAAAGGCUGAGGAACUUCUUGAGGAAGACCAGAGAGAAUGUAGUACUGCUAUUAAUAAGUUAAGGAGCAACUUGAAGAUAAAAGUGAACGAGUUACGUGACUUAGAAUUAACUCCGCCUUUUCCUGGAUCAACGCUGCAACCAAUGUCUAAUAAAGAAAUGGCUGCAAUGAAACAAGUUCUAGGUCAAAGCGUCUAAUGUAUAUAUAAAAUAAAUAAUUAUAAUAAUUUAUAUAUAUAUAAGGCUUUCAUUCUAUUCAACAGUGUGAUAAAGCUUUCAUGAUGAAGUAAACUGUAAAUAUACAAGCUUAUUUAAUGUAACACUAAUUAUAAACUUUUGUAUAAAAUGUAAAAAAAUCACCAUAUAAGAAAAC